CUAAAAUAAAGUAAGCUGGGGGUCAACAAAAGAAGUCUAAAGAUAAAAUAAAAAAUGUAACACUGGGAAUAUGAAUUGGUUAAGGACUAGAGUCUUCUGAGGUAAAUGAGGACAGUUGACACAAGACAUACUUGUCUGGGAGUGAACGCGAACAGAGACAAAUACAUUUUCACCAAUCAAACGUAUCAAAACGCUUAAAGGUCAUAUGUAGGUGAAAUGGCGGAGGAAAAUAACUUUUCACUAGAUACUGGAAAAUGUGUUAAGGAGUUGUCAGAUUCUGAAAACAACAGUGUUUUGGAAAAGAAAUCAUACGAUAAAUCACUUACAAAAAGCAACAUUUCGCAAAGCGAUAAUAGAAAUUCUGAAAGUAAACAUGUAGUUACCAUAUCAGAAAGACAUCAUUACAAUUUAAAUGUUGAAGACACAAAACAAAGUAAGACAGAGGAAAAAGAAAAAGAAAUAGAUUUUGUCAUCAAAUCGUUGAAAGAAGAUUCCUGUGCUAAAUGUAGCAUUGAUUCUUCCGAGUUAUUACAAAGCGAUGAGACACAGAGGAAAGCUACAGAAGAUGAGUUUGAAAGUGAAACUGUUGUAUUUGAGAAUGAUUAUAAUAAUUUUGGUAUUAAUCAAACAAUAAUAAAAGAAAAAAAUGAAAACAGACAAGAUGGCACAGAGGAAUGCGUUAAAAAUAACGAAUGUACUGUAAGUAGUGAUUUCUCUUUAGAAGAAACAUCAAAUAGAAAUGAUCAGAUGAAAACCAUAUCAGAUGAACAUCAUGGACCUUCUGAAAGCAUCAUUAUCACAACAGUGCAUUCAAAGCAAAGCAUGAACAACCCAUCUUCUAUUGACACGAACAACGGCUCACAAAUUUGCGAAAACAAGUGUUCUUCAACAAAUUUCGCUGACAAGACAUCAAGACCAUUAAAAUAUGAUGGUUGCCAACAUCUGAAUGCGACCGAGGCUUCACAAAUAAAACCGCCUGAGACAACAUUUUCAAUAUUCGAGUUUAAAGCAAAGUCGGAACAAUUGACACCCCGGAAGAAGUAUAGAAGAAAGUGUACAUCAGAAGCACAUGUUAAUCCACAGCGAUGGCAUAUUGUACAUUCUACUGAUGGUUUGAUUUAUUGCAGCCCACAUAAUGAAAUUGUUAAGUACUGGUGCAACACGUGUGGAAUUUCAAAAUGCGAAAAGUGUGUAAACGUUGUAUAUAGCAGGACUUGCAUUAGUCAUGUUGUGACGACAAUUGAAGAACAUGUUAUCAAAACAAAGGAAGUCCAAAGGAAAAAGAUCGAAGAGACAAGUAACAUUUGUUUAAUGACCUUAGAUCGAGCUAUCAGAGUUUUGCAACAAAAUGAGCAGCAAACCGAGUUACAAGCAUUAAUUCAGAAAGACAGAAUUCGACAGGAAUUUGCAUCAUUCUAUCAUUUACUUAUUGAGGAGGAACGCACAGUUCUGGAUAAUAUAGAUACGAGACUUGAGGAAUAUAGAACACAGAACAGAUCUUAUGAACAAUUAUAUGGUUCUAUUGUUGAAUAUGAAGCUGACUUGAUGAGUAAAAGCUUAAGUCUUUUGGAAAAAGAUGAUCCAUUUGGAAUUAAUUUAAAUAUGAUCGAGAAAUAUAUUCAGAGAGAUUGGUUGAAGAUUCAAGACAAUGUGAAUGCAGUUAUUAAUUCAAUUCAACCCAUGCCUACAGCGAUAAGAAAUAAAUUCACUCUCCUGGAGCAGAAAAUAGACACCAUGAAACAGCUGAGUAACGCACGAGAUCCAUUUGAAAUUUGUCCUUUGAACUUUACAUUGUACUUAGAUGACAAAAGUAUGGAGUCUCCAAUAAAAAUAUCCGACCUCUUCAUAUGCAAGAACUCCAAGCAUAUAUUUCCUACAGUUGAUCUUGUUAUUGAGGUUCUCUGUGGUCGAAUAGUUGUGUAUAAAGAAUCUUUGAAAAUGUAUGACUACAUAUUAAAUUUUGACGGUAGACCUUGUUUGAUUGAAUGUAAUCGCUAUUUGAUAAAGGCACGACUGCUCGAUAAGACGAGGAAUGGAGCAAUCAUUGGAGAUACGAUUCCGCCUGUAUGUAGGAAUGUUCUUCUUAUAACGGGUAAAAGAAAACGUUACUGGUAUUCACGCCAACAAUAUGAAGACGCUGUCAGUUAUAUGGAAGAUAUAAGGAGACAAUACAUAGAAAAAUAUCCGACUUUUUCAGAAAGACAUAGUCAACAGUUUUUACACUGGUGUGACUCAAAGAUGUGGAUUUUCUCCGCAGCAAAGGGCUUUAAAGGUUUUUAUGAUGUUAGUCCUGAAGAAAUGAGAAUGUUAGCAUACAGUACAGAUAAGCAUACUUAUAGCAAUUUUCGUUCCUUGUUACUAAAAGAUGUGCAGAACAUUUGCUUGCAGGCCGAAAGUUAUCGAUGGGAGUUUCAUCAAUUAAAAUACAGCUAUAAUUGAGAAAACUCUUUAUUUGACAUUAAAGCCGAUGCAAAUAUGAACACAAAUAGAAAGAUCAACAUAAACAUCAAGAAAUCCGUCAGGAAAAUCAUGCGAUGAACAUUAAUUGUUGGUUUUAUUUCGAGACUAAUGUGUUCUCUCAUUAUGUUUCAACAUAUUCAAGAUAUAAUCAUUAAAUAGGAUCUUCGAUGUUGGAGCCAUUGACUUUUGUUUGUCUGUACAAUAUGUCUAUUUGUUGACAGUUUGUUUAAUCUAUCGCACGCUUGCAAUAUGAUUUAAUACAUUUGCUAAGGAUCAUUCGAAAAUCUGUUUAGUAUAUUAAGAAAGUAUUGCAUUUUUUUUCCAGAGUAUUGUCCUUUUUAUCUCUAAUCAUAAAUUACUUUAUGCAAUUUUUAAACCGAUAACGCAGCAUAAUUUUGAGAAAACAGAUCACUAGCAAUGAGUCAAAUAACAGUCUUCAGAUGGUCACAAGACAAUAAAGUCAUACAUCAUUCAUAAUAUAUCUGAUGCAUAUUGGACUUUUAAUAUAAUGUGCAUUGUAAAGAUUGUUCUCAAUCUUAAUUUCAACUAUAGUUUUUAGAUAUUCAAUAUAUGCAAAAAACCUUUGCCAGUAUUUUCUAACAAAAUAAUAACUAAAAUCUUCAGGAAAUAGAAAUUAUAUUAUUAUUAAAUCAAUACAAUAAAAAGAAGUACAAUAGAUAUGCUUCAA